AUGGAUAAAUAUAUUGACAAUCAUGAUACUAGUUUUCUUAAUCUUGAUCGAUGUUUAAGACAGCCUUAUGUUAUUGAGAAUAUUCCGAAUACUGAAAGUAUUGGUAAUAUUUCACUUAUUGAUAAUUAUCUUAUACAAAUGCCAGUAUUUGUUGCUGAUUAUAUAAAUCUAAUUGAAUUAAAUGUUAGUCAUAAUGAAUUGAAUAAUGCUGAAUUUAUUUUAUAUAAACCAUUAAAUGAUAAUGAAUUAACACAAUCAUAUUGGGAUGAGAAAUUAAAAACAACUACUGCUCAUCGAACAAAGUCAUCAAUAAAUCUGUCAAACAAACCAAUUGCUCGUCCAUUAAUUCAUCCAUUUCUUCAAAAAAUCAAUUUAUCUUUUAAUCAUAUUAAAUCUCUUCCAAUACAUAUUCAUUAUCUUCGUUUUCUUCAUACACUUGAUCUUUCAAAUAAUUACCUUGAAAUUUUACCGGAUAAUUUCGGUUAUCUUGAACAAUUACAUACUUUAAUACUGAAUAAUAAUUAUUUAAAGACAUUACCAAAUACAUUUAUUCAUUUAAUUCAUUUGGAAACAUUGAAUUUAUCUUCAAAUGAUUUUCAAGCAAUCGAUAUAAUAAAAAAUUUUGAAAAUUUAAAAUAUUUUUCUAUUAAUUCAAAUCCAUUAACAACAUUUCCUAUUCUAUUAUAUACUUGUUCAAAUUUACAAGAUAUUUCUUUAUCAAAUACAAAUUUAAAAGAUAUAACAUUAGAUUAUUUUACACAAUUUUCUCAAUUGAAAAAACUUGAUUUAUCAAAAAAUAAUCUUACAAAUAAUUUUCUUUUAAACUUAAACAAAUCAUUUGAUUAUUUAGAAGAAUUAUAUUUACAAUCAAAUCAAUUUACAAAUAUAUUUGCUUUAAUAUCAUAUAUGACAUCAUUACAAUUACUUGAUUUAAGUUCAAAUUUAUUACAAACAAUUCCACAAUGUUCAAGUUCUUCCAAAUUAGAAAUUUUACGUUUAUCAUAUAAUAAUAUUGAGCUUUGUUCAAAUGAUUGUAUCUAUUUAAAACAUAUCAUAGAAUUAGAUUUAGAUCAUAAUCAAAUUCAAUACAUUCCAAAUGAAUUUUUAUGUUGUAUUAAAUUACAAUCAUUAAAUCUUUCUUUUAAUCAAUUUCGAAAAUUUCCUCAAACUAUUUUACAAUUACGUUCAUUAAAUAAAUUAAUAUUAAAUAAUUUAUAUUUAGAAGAUUUAAGAUCAAUAAAUUUACUUGAAAAAUAUUUUUAUCGUACAUUAAAUAUACUUGAUUUAUCACAUAAUAAUUUUAAUCAAAAUUUACAUGAAUUAACUGUUUUAAAAGCAUUAACAUAUUUAGAUUUAAGUUAUAAUCAAUUAAAUGAACUUGAUCGAGAUUUUAAAUUAAUGACAUGUUUAAAAAUUUUGAAAUUAAAUCAAAAUAAAUUUAAAAUCUUUCCAAUUUGUUUAUACCAGAUGGAUAAUUAUGGAAAUGAAAAAUAUAUUAGUGAAACACUUCUAGAAUUAUAUAUUAAUGAUAAUCAAAUUGAAUAUAUACCCGAUGAAAUUGUUCAUAUGAUAAAUUUACAAACUAUUGAUUUAUCUAAUAAUAAGUUUUCUACAUUUCCAGAAGCAAUAAUAUAUCUUGAACAGUUAUCAUGUUUGAUCUAUUCACAAAAACAUGGUAUUCAUAUUGAUAAAUUAUCCGAUGAUAUUAUUCAUUUAUAUAAUCUUAAAAAACUUGAUUUAUCUCAUAAUAUAUUUUAUGAAAUUCCACAAACAAUUUAUAGUUUAACGAAACUUGAAUAUUUAGAUAUGAGUUUUAAUCUUAUUACGGCUUUAGAAAAUAAUCGAUUGAAACAAUUAAAAAAUUUGAAAACAAUUAAAUUAAAUGGAAAUUGUUUUACUUCAUUUUCAUCUGUACUUUAUCAAAUAGAAUCAUUUGAUAUUAAUGAAAAUUCUUUAUGUUUAGCACCACCAAAUGAUUUUACUGAAGAAAAAUCACUCUCGGCUAUAUCAAAUCUUUUCGUUCAAAUAAAUGAUCAACAUGAAGAUGAACUUUUUCAAAUAUAUAAACAAAUAUUUAUUGAAAAUUUAAAUAAUUAUGAUAUUGAACGCUUAUUAAUACGUUUAAAAUUAUCCGAUAAUGAUAUAAAUCAUUUCCGAAAGAAUUAUUCUCAUUAUAAACGUGAAGAAAAAAUUGAAAUCUUAUUACAUAUUUGGAAACAAAAACGAGAUUCAUUGGCUAAUUCAGAAACUUUAUAUAAACUAGCACAAUUAAUGGGUGAUAAAAAUCUUAUUCAACAAAUACAAAAAACUUAUUUAUAUGCACGAAAAAUUCGAAUUUAA